GGGCUCGCCUCAGCCAUGUCGGGCGGGCGGCGGGGGCUGCCGCGCCUUGCUGGCGGCGGGGGGGCCGGCGGGCUGCACAGUUAUAUGCAGGAUCCGGACUACUGGCAACAAGAACAGAAAUGUAGAAGCUGGAAUGAUUCAGAUUCUUUGGGGAUUGAUGGAUAUCAAUGUAGUCAUUUAGACCACUGGCUGGAGAGCUCUGUGACAGCAGAAGAUUCUCAGCCUCUUUAUAAUUGCCCUGACUGGGAAGGUGGAAUUGGAGAAGGCAAAACAAUGAGAAUAUCGGCUAGGAAAAUGACAAAUUCUGUUUCAAAUGAUUCUGCUAAUCCAUCUGAAAGGGAAACAGAUGAAGUGGUUCUGAGGAGAAGACAAAAACAGAUCAAUUUUGGAAAGAACACACUUGCAUAUGACAGAUAUAUUAAAGAAGUUCCCAAGAAUCAACGAAUACCGGGAGUGCAUCCUAGAACACCCAACAAAUUUAAGAAGUACAGCCGUAGAUCCUGGGACCAGCAGAUCAGGCUGUGGAAGAUAGCGCUGCACGCGUGGGAUCCUCCUGCUGAAGAGACCUGGGAUCUGCAGCCAGUUAAUACAGAACCCUCAGGCAGCUCUCAGGAAUGGUUUUGUGGAGAUCAUGAUGAUUCUGUUUUCCCUAUACUUGAAGAAAAGCUGAAGAGAAAUGAGUGUGGAAACCAACACAGACAGACAGACUAUGCACCAGAGAGUUCCUGCUCUCCUGAUUGUUCUCCAGUAUGGAAACGCAGAAAACGAAACAAUCCUGACCCUUCUGUGGUUUCAAAGGGCAAAAGCCAUUAUAUGCAUAUGUACCAUGCGCUGGAAAGUUUUACUGAAUCGGGACAUCAGAAGGCUUUUUCAAAUUGUUCAGAGUGGGAGACCUUAGGCGACAACGAUGAAGUAAUGACAGUACAACAUGGUAUAGAAAUAACAAGUGACCUGAUUCCAGCGAGUUGUUCUUCGGGAUGGAACAAUCAGAAACAGAAAAACACAAGUAUCUUUCUGCCUGACAGCAAACCUUUCAGAGAUUCAGACUGCAGGCUGGAGAGGCUUAAGCUUUGUAGCAGUUUAGUGGAAGGACAUCAGUCAGAAUACUCCGAAAAGGGAUGGGGAAGCACUGAAGAGAGAAUAAUAACAAAAAGAAUUUAAAUACCAAGUCUGUCUUUGUAUAUAGAACUAUCAAAGAAGGACUUUCCUCCUGUGACAGAAUUAUUUGAAGAAUGAUACAGCACGAGAUCAGCAGAUCAAGACUUGGAAGACCGGUAAAGUCUUAAAUUCUGCACUGAAAGAAGAGAUUUACAGUCAGCUUACGUACAAUCAGCACAAGGUGAAAUGAGCAGGUUUCGCCAGAUCUUUAAGGAUAGAUUGUCUUCUGCGAGCUCUGCCUCAAGUGUAAAACCUCAAAUUUCAUUAAGCUUUGCUAAGAUGAUGAUGGAUGUUCCUUAAAGUUCGUGAGACUGUUUCUUUUCUACCUGCACUGACAGAUGACUUGCAUCAUCCUGUAAAGGCUACUUCAGUUGAUGGCUCUUGCUGUUGCUAUUUGGAAACCAUGCUGCUUAAAGUGAACUGAUGUUUUGCUGGUGAAUUGGUCCAGUAUCGAGUCAGAGUGAAGAAUGUUUCCUGUUAAGGAAAGGACUUAAACCCUGUUUCUUCUACUGGUCCAGAAUUGUAUAUGCAACAUGGAGAACUGCUUCAAAAGAUAAUUCCAGCCUUUCUUCAGUUGCCAAAAACAGACUGCUUUUAACUUUUGGUGAUCAUCUUUUCAGAUUAUUUUCCAUUCUCUGAGAUAAAACAUGUUAAGCUAGCAUCUGCCUAAGUGAGAGGAGAGAAAGGGAAAGGUAGAUGGUUUAUUAUAAUCAACCCUGCCUCUUUGAGGGGAUGAGUGACUGUCUGAACAGCAACACAGGCUGAAUACCUGGAUUUCAUUUUCAUGUGUGUUGCAGCAUGUCCUGAAAAAACAAUCUUACUGCUGAAAGUAUUUGAGGUCAGUGGUAUUGUUGUUACAGGAAAUGGAGGAGAGCAGCAGUAUUUGCAGGUUUGGAGCCGCUCUUGGACAUGGGGUGUCCUGGCUAAACUCCACGAUGGUGUUGACUCUGCCUUGCUCUACCUUUUAUCGCUGUGCUGAAAACGUCAAAAGUGAGGGCUGUGGCUCCAGUGGAGUUCAGACCAAAACUAUGUUUCAAUUGGAAGAUUUUUUUUUAAUAGACCUUGUGACUUCUUAUGUACAAUGUAUUGAGGUACAAGUGUCUGUUAGAGCUGGGAAUUGUCUCUUUGCAGUAGUUCAGCUCUGCCAUUGCAGCUCUUGAUAAGGCCGCUGCAAUAACUGUGGCCUAGGGCUGGUGCACGGUAGCUUUGCUGUGGGGUUCGCAAUGUACCCACCAGCCAGAAGCCAGCUGUUCUGAAGCAGAAGUUCCUGCUUCCUCAGGAACUACUUCCAGUCCCUUCCAAAACAAUAUUUCCAAUUGUUGCUAAGAUCAUUUCCAGGCAAGUUUUUGCAGAAUUUCUGUGCUUGUUUGGGAUUUUCAGACACCUUUCUGAUCUGUCCAGUGCAACAGGAAAACCUGACUGCAAACAGCAUUAUUGCAGCGGACUGGAGCAUUAGCCUGCCUUUGCCGAAGCCUGCCACAUGCACAGAAAUUUGCUACAGUGGUUUUUUAUCAUGAGUUUGACAGUUUCCAAGAAGAACAAACUUUGAUUAUGUAGGGGAAUGUGUGCUGCUGCUUUAACAGGAGUAUGUUAGGACUGGUCACAGCUACUGCUCAGUGGUAGGAAUGUCCUUCUGGCUGUGUGCUCUGUUCCCAAACACAGGAAGAGGCUGAGGCCUCUGCUACCUAAAAAAAAAAUAAUUAACCUCUCACCAUCCUGGGGUGGAGGGAAGCUGCCUGUGGGUUGGUGAGUUUUGUCCUGUGCAAUUCCUGUGGCUGUUGGGAUUCAUCCGUCUGUGCCUAGGCACAGGGUUCGGUAGUAUCCCAGCACAAGGUGGCUCAGUCACAUACCACAGAGCAUGGGGUGUGUAUACGGGGUUCAGAUCUGUACAGCACCUUUUAAAGUAGUAAUUACAGCACUGUUGUUCCAGUGUGCAUGCUUCCACGUGCUUCAUGAUUGUAAAUAUGAGAAUGUUAUGUUUUUGGCAUAUUGUCUUUAUGCAGAAUAAGUAAAGACUUUAAAAAUCAC